AUGAAUUACUUUGAUAAAUUACCUGAUGAAUUGUUGGAAAAGAUAUUUUCGUCGUUUCAAGCUCGACUUCCCCUCGAACGAUUCAAUCACGCUUUUCGGGAGGAUAACGCGUAUUAUUUUAAUUAUUCAUUACAACAGCCGUUACUGAAACAAACGCAUAAAGAUAUAUCUAAUCUAUCAUUAGUCUGCCGUCGGUUUCAUCAAAUCAUUCAUGCUAGAGGUUUCUGGGAACGCAAAUGCCGCGACGAACAUGUCUUACUACCUGAUCAACAUUUUCCUGAACAAUUUGCUGCAUAUGAACAACUUUACGUUAACAAUCCAUUCCAUCCGGCGUAUAACCUACUUAAAUCAGAUCGAUGGACUAAAUCGAACGGUGGUCAGUCACGGAUUGAAAAUGAUCCGUGUGGUAGUCAUCGACUUUACGAUGAAUUCGGUCGUCUAGCACCUUGUCGAGUAACAUCGUAUAUCUUUACAACAUUUCGUCAGCGACGAGUAAAUCUUUCUGAUGCAGAACUUCUCUUAAAUAAUUCUGUGGAUUUACGACCUGUCAUUGAAUUCUCUGUUUGUGUGGCUGCUCGAUGGGAUUGUGGAGCUCGCUGUAUAUUGUCUCUUUCGUUCUCAGAUGGACAUGCGUGGCGCCAUGGAAGACGCUUCCCUCAAUGGAAUGAUAAAAAAUGGCAUCGAAUAACUUAUCGAUAUGGAGAAUACACCCAAUAUCCUUCAUGGGUUGAUGUUAGCAUAGCUGGCAGUGAUACACAAUUUUGGGCAGGAUUUUAUGGAGUUAAAUUUGCACAACCACGUCUUCGAUUAUUACUCCGUACAAACGAAAAUCAGACUAAUGAAGAAAGUGUAGUUACAAUUGAACCGAAAGAAGAAGACGAACUUGAACAGGCUGUUGCAAGAGAAACUGAGGAAGACAAUAUUUCUGUUGAGACGGUUGAUUCUUCCUCUGAAGCAGAAGAAGAAGAAGAAGAAGAACCUGUCGGCGAUAACUCUUUCGAUGACGAAGACUAG